AUGGGAGAUAUGCAAGUCGGUGUUGCCAAUAUUGACGAUAAGGGGUUUUAUGGAUUGAUGGAGGAUAAACCGGUGGCUUCACCGAAUCCGAGCCUGCAAGUGUCGGUUUCGUUUGGUAGGUUUGAGAACGAUUCACUCUCAUGGGAGAAGUUUUCAGCUUUCUCUCCAAACAAGUACUUGGAGGAAGUUGGGAAAUGUGCUACUCCAGGAUCAGUAGCUCAGAAGAAGGCUUACUUUGAAGCUCAUUACAAGAAGAUCGCUGAGAGGAAAGCUGAGAUCAUGAUGGAUCAGGAGAAAGAAAUGGACAAGAACGGAUCUUUCAGGUCGAUUGUUACAGAUCAAGGCGGCUCGGUGACAGAGUGUGGGGUUGUUGAAGAAUCUAAUGAGCAAUUCGCUUGUGAAGAAGAUAAGCAUGUGACUGACAUUGCUUCUGAUGAAGUGAAAGAGCUUAGUGAAGAAGAAAGUAUCAUUGUCAAGGAAUGUCAAAGCUCGUUUGUUCAAGUUAAAGAAGAAGUCAAGAACAGUGUGGAUAGUCCAAAACUUCAGAAAUUUGAAGAGGUUGCUCUGGUGGAGGAGAAACCGGAAGUUGUCGUCCAUGUGCAAGAGAAACCAGAAGAGAAUGAAGUAAGAGAAGAAGUGAGAGACGAAAUUCUGUCAAAUGAUACUACUGGAGAUACGGAAGAGACGCCAAUGAAGGAGAUGAGAAAAGAGAAAACCCUGAAACCAACCAAGAAGGAAGGAAAUGUUGGGAUCAAUCGUACAAGAAUCUCUCCAAAGCCUAAUCAGGUGAAGACAAAACCGACAACUAACAAGACUGUAACAAGUAGGAAAACUCCACCGAGCAAGGAGAUCAAAAACAUGAUCAAGGCAACAAAGAAACCACCAGCAGCAGCACCUCUCGCAAAAGCCACACCAAGGUUGUCAACAACACCAAGAGUGUACAAGCCAGCUCCGUCACAAACCGCUUCACUGUCUACGUCCCAUUCUUCUUUGAAGAAGGAAACAAAGGUCUCUUCUUUGCUGAGAAACAAACAAACCGCUCCAAAGUCAUUGCACAACUCUAUGAAUCUUGCUCCAGCGGCCUCCUCCGAUCCUACUGCUCUUACAAGCACCAGAAAAUCGUUGAUUAUGGAGCGAAUGGGAGAUAAAGACAUUGUGAAACGAGCUUUCAAAUCGUUUCAAAAGAGUUUCGACUUCAAAACCUCUGUCGAUGAGGAAACAACAACUAAGCAGAAUCCUGCAAAGGCAACUAAUAUUCCAUCACUAGCUACUCGGCCGAAGGAAAAUGGCAGGCCUACAAAAGCUAGUAGCAUGGAGAAGAGAAGCAACAUGACCGCGCAGAAACAACACAAGGAGCCUGCCAAGACUGGUGCAAGACCUGUAGAGAAGACACGCUUGCAGAAGAGCCCAAAGACAGGAGUGAUGGAUGCCAAAACCGGGAGGGACUCUCUUAAUGCGAAAGCAAAACCGGUGCAGGGCUCUCUUCAAGUACGGACCUUACCAAAAGCAGGGACUUUGAAAAAUUAG